GAAUGACAGCAUAGCUGCUUUGUGAUUCAAGUCAUGAUGUAGUAAGAGAAGGUAGUUACCUGAAGGUAUUUAGUGUCACACAGCAACAACUUAGGAAGACCUGUGCAUAGUCAGUUCAGCUAGUUUUUGAACCAGAAAUGAAGUAUCCCCUAGUUCCUUUAAUUAAUGACCUAACAUUUCCUUUUCUCUUUUUCUGGUUUUGCUUGCCUUUUGGGAUACUAUUGAUCUUACUGGUUUUUUGGUUUCAACAUCUACUUAAUGAAGCUGAAGUUCCCAUUACUAAAGAAAUAAAGAUGCCACCUUGUGAUGAUCCUGAUGGGAAUACUGACCUCAAGUCUAAAUGUGAAUCCAGCGGAAAUAACAGCCGAGGCAACAAGUCCAGAAAAGCCUUAAAGUUUGAUAUGAAGAUGACUCCAGUUGUGGAAAAAUUGGGCCCCAAGCUUGCCCGCUUGAGUACAAAAGAAAGAGUCCAGGGAAAAAGCCUGUCUGCUCUUAUUUUAGGCCAGUUGGACCAAUGUGUCAAACAGUAUUGUUCUGAGAAGAAUUCUAUGUAUAAUACAGCUGUGCUCUACCUGGCUGAGUGAAAAGCCUGGGGAAAUCACGGUUUCCUUGAAAGAAGAAACUGGUACUCUGUCAUCUCUCGCAAGGAAGAGGGGCCAAUGCCAUGUAUGCAGAUAAUUAAAGUACAGCUGUUUCACCCAAGAAAGAUGGAUGUGUAGCAAUCCUUUGAUUUGUCAGGAAAGUGCUGUGAAAUUUUGUUAAUCUCAGGUGUGCUAUCUUUUCAAAGAGUAGGAGGA